UUAGUUCAAGGGACACACUCCUUUUAUCCUCAGCCAGAAAAACCAUUCUGCAAAUGGAAUAGGUCGGUUUUGAUAUGAUUAAACUAAUGCCGACCAUGCAAAAGAACCAUUCUUCCACCAAGAAUCACUUAGUAUAAAGGUAGAUCACAUAGAGAAGUUGUGAGUAACAUACAUACUCAUCAUCAGCAGCAGCAAACUGAACUACUUGCAUAGUCUUCCAACUUGUUUACAAGUGCUCUUUCUUGGUGGUGGUCACACAAACAACUUCAUUUUUGUUCUUUGUUUGACUUCCCAUAACGUGGGUACCUUGCCUUAUAUCCUUCACCUUCUGAAAAACCUACCGAUAAUGCCAAGAAAACCUACUCAUGAACUUUGAGUAUGGCUCUUUGAAUUACUGAUCAAUAAAGCAUGAUCUUUUCAGCCUAGUGAAAUUGACAUUAUUCUUCUAUAGCAUUAAUCAAGGGGUCUAGUAAAACAAGGAGCCAAUUGCGUUACUUCACUUCCUUUUUCGGUUCUAUAAAUUCUCUGUUUUCAGUUAACAAGCUAAUACUAGCUAGACACAAAUUAUGGAAUUCACUAGACUUUGCUUCUCGGUUUUUUCUAUUUUCUUGCUUUCCUAUGUUUGUUCAGUUCAUGGUAGGCUUUAUGGUUACCCUAAAAUGUCACAUUUUCGUGCAUUGUCACAAAUUUCUCUGCCACCUUCCCCUGCACCUGAGGGUGCUCCAAAGAUUGACAAUGCCAUUUUCAAUGUGUUGUCUUAUGGGGCUGUUGGUGAUGGUGUGACCGACGAUACACAAGCGUUUAAGAUGGCUUGGGAUGCUGCUUGUCAAGUUGAUUCAGCUAUUUUACUAGUUCCAAAUCACUAUUCCUUCAUGAUUCAAUCCACAAUAUUCACUGGUCCUUGUAAAAGUGGACUAGUUUUUCAGAUCGAAGGAACCAUUAUGCCACCAGAUGGACCUGAUUCAUGGCCAAAAAACGUCAGUAAGAAACAAUGGUUAGUCUUUUACAGGAUUAAUGGGAUGUCAAUACAAGGUGGUGGAAUCAUAGAUGGUAAAGGAGAAAAAUGGUGGAACCUCCCCUGUAAACCUCAUAAAGGAAUAAAUGGAACAACUCUACCUGGUCCUUGUGACAGCCCUGUGGUAAGUUCAAAAACACAUUAUUUUGUUCCUUUACACGAAAAAAAACUAGUACAGAGUAUAUAUCUUUCAGGGCCAUGCCAUAAAAAAGUAUGUUUAAUUUUACAGGCUAUGAAGUUCUUCAUGAGCUCAAAUUUGACAGUGCAAGGGCUUAAAAUCAAGAACAGCCCACUGUUCCAUUUCAGAUUUGACAGUUGCCGCGAUGUCCACGUUGACUCACUUUACAUAAAAGCACCACCUCAGAGCCCCAAUACUGAUGGAAUUCAUAUAGAAAACACCAAUGACGUCACAAUAAGAAAUUCAAUAAUCUCCAAUGGUGAUGACUGUAUUUCAAUUGGUGCUGGUUGUUACAAUGUUGAUAUAAGGAACAUGACCUGUGGUCCAAGUCAUGGAAUAAGCAUUGGCAGCUUAGGCUUUCGCAAUUCCCGGGCAUGUGUGUCCAACAUUACAGUUGCAGAUUCAACUAUUAAGUAUUCAGACAAUGGUGUUAGGAUCAAGACCUGGCAAGGAGGAUUUGGGGCAGUGUCCAAGAUUAAUUUCAACAACAUUAGAAUGGAAAGUGUCCGAAAUCCGAUAAUUUUAGAUCAAUAUUACUGCGACAAAAGAAGCUGCGCAAAUCAGACUUCAGCAGUGUACAUUUCUGAUGUGAUUUAUUCAAACAUAAAAGGGACUUAUGAUGUGAGAAGUCCACCAAUGCAUUUGGCUUGUAGUGACAAUGUCCCUUGCACAAACUUGACAUUUUUGGAUGUGGAGUUAUAUCCAGCUCAAGGACAGAAAAUCUUGGAACCAUUUUGUUGGAAUGCUUAUGGAGCUCCUAGGCCUCUUACAAUUCCACCAGUUUUUUGCUUGUUGGAGGGAACACCUCAGUCAUUGCCAAGUAAUGAUGUUGAUCAGUGCUGAUUAUAGAUUUGCUAAGAAUAGAAAGUUGUAAAAGAUAUAUUAUGGUUUCAUAGAAAAGAUACUAAUAUGUAUUCAAGUUUUAGUUGCACUAAUAUUGUUGCAGAGGGACUAAAAACUGAAGUGUAAGCAUGUAUCCCUUUGUUAAUGAUAUAAAUAUCCUUUAAACCA